GCUUUAGUUUCCAACGGGACCGGAAGGCAGCAUAAACUCCUCCUCCGGGUUGUCCGAGCGGGAAGUUCAGAUGUUCGUCGCUUCGUUUAGCUAAAAUGUAGCAAAUGUUCCUCCGACUACCUCAGUUAGCACAGAAGUCACUUUUGAGGAAAUUUAACAGUGACUUAAACAAGCUAUAGCCGAGCUCUGCAGUCAUGUCCGGUAACGCCGAGGAGAGGAGCGGCUCUGCACCCGUGAGCUUCGGACAGUAUACCUACACAGCUGAGGAGUACCAGGCGGUGCACAACGCUCUGCGACAGAAGCUGGGACCGGAGUACAUCAGUACCAGAGUGGCCGGAGGAGGACAGAGGGUGUGCUAUGUUGAAGGGCAUCGCGUAAUCAGCCUGGCUAAUGAGAUGUUUGGAUACAACGGAUGGUCUCACUCCAUCUCUCAGCAGAAUGUCGACUUUGUCGACCUCAUCAAUGGGAGGUUUUAUGUUGGAGUUAGUGCGUUUGUCAAAGUGCAGCUGAAGGACGGGUCGUUUCACGAGGAUGUCGGCUAUGGAGUCAGUGAAGGACUGAAGUCUAAAGCUCUGUCACUGGAAAAAGCACGAAAGGAAGCUGUCACUGAUGGCAUGAAGAGAGCACUAAAAUGCUUUGGCAAUGCUCUUGGAAACUGCAUCUUGGAUAAAGAAUACCUCUUAGCCAUUAACAAGAUCUCCAAACAGCCUCCUCCUCCUCUAGACUUGGCCCAGACUAAGCGCUCUGAUGGUGAACCUUCGGUAGAGAAGGCCCGGUACACCAGUCUGGUCCGGGAGGAAAAGCUUGCGUCUUCGGUUGGUCCUGGCAGGAAGCCGCUGGAGCCCAGAGUCCUCAACCAGAACCACGACUGUUCAGAAGUUUAUACUCCCCCUGCUGCUCCCGACAGGCAGAGUGAGAAUGUGAGCUCUAGACCUCUCAUGGACUCUGUGGAUGUUGUCAGCUCUGAAGGGCACACAGACCCCAAGCAGCUGAGAAAGCUCCGGCAGCAGCAGCUUCAACAGAAGUUCAGGGAAGAGAUGGAAGCCAAGAGGCUGCAGCAGAAACAGGAUCACACCAAGUCUGAGGACACCGAAGUUGCGAUUGGACAAGGUUCCGGUGGAGGUCACGAAGGUGAACCUGCGUUCAGUGACGGCACCUUGACUGGACUCGGAAAGCCCAGCGGCAGGGAUGAGUGUUUGGCAGAUGAUCCCGAGUUCUGGGAUUUAAUUCUGGAUGGGACUGAGGAGCUGGACGUCCCCGUAGGUGGCCCGCCGUCCAGAGGGCACAGGCCCAGCACGCCUGGGAAUCACCAAAUGCAGACACGCAGUAAGACCCCUCAGAGAGCCCCGGGCAGACCUCCUGACGGGGCCUCGUCGUACAGCAGAGGACAGGACUGGGCUCAGUCCAGACCUCAACAUCAGAACCAGCACCAGGCGAGACCAGGUGAAGCCCUCAGUCCCUACAGGCAGGGACAAUACAUGAAGAAACGCAGACUGGACACCUGAGAUUUUAUCUCACUGUUCCACGGCUUCCUCCACGUUUACGAUCCAGAUAUUUUAUUUUUAUACUUGUCUCAUUGCAUACAUGUAAUUUUGUUCGUUUUGCAAUGAAUUGCUGCUAUGUCUGAUAUUUGGAGAAAUGGUACCUGGUUUUGUACAAAAUAAAUAAGUCAGCUGAAUUUUAUUGAUA